CAUUGUCAGGCCUCUGCCACUUCUGAAAAUCGUCAAACAUGAAAAUGAUGCUAGCCCUAGCCGAUUCCAGGUAAUACGGGUUGCUUGUUCUUGAUUCUAUGCUCAAAUAUUUCCACUACCAUUAUUCCGUUGCGUUUUUCCCCGAAUGGAGCAAUGCGUUUGUCGUUCACUGUCUGGCCCGAUGCUUCCCUUUGAUGCAAAGGCCACUUCUUUCGAGCCUCCGAAACUACGACGUUCACUUCCACCCUACCGGUAUGCUUUGUUCAUGAAGUUUCAUCAUCGGCUUACCUCUCUCACUCAUUGAACAUCCCCACUUCUUCUUCCACUUCACUUCCACUUCACUUCCAUUUCCUCUCGUCGCCUCUCCCACACCUCACCGCCACGGCCAACUGUCCAAGGCAUACAACACCGAGCCUUUGGGUUCUGUAGUACUAAAAUUGUUGAGAUUAAACUGGGUUCAAGAACUUUUAGACAUCAUGGUACUCUCACUGUCGUACCGUAGGCCUUCCUACGUUUCCUCUCCCGUCGAUUCUAUAGACGCGAGUAAGAAGCGAAAGCCCAUCAACGAGUCGAUCGAUUCUCGGAGCCCUUUGGUACGUGGCAUUCCAGACGCCUUGUCUUUUGACAAGAUUAUCAACGACGGAACUUGCCCACCAUGCACCCUCCGUGACUUCCUCAACUAUCUAAAAUACGUCGAGCGCUCCGCAGAGAACCUUCAGUUCUUCCUGUGGUUCAAGGCCUACAUCCAGCGCUUCAGCGCUCUUCCCGAAAGCGAGAAGGUCCUCUCCCCGGAAUGGACCGCGCAACAGGCAGAGGCGGAGGAUGCCGCCUACAAGGCUACUGUUGCUACUACUGCCCGGAAAACGAAUAUAUCCCCAGAUGCCGCUCUGGCCUUUGACAGCACAAUCUUCGCGAUCGUGCCUACGAUGGGCGCUGGUUGUAGCGCCGUGAAUCCGUUCAACCCACCUUCGCACAGUCCGGUCCAUGGCGCUGAAGAUUCCACGUCGAGCGAAUACAAUGAGAACGUCAGUGGAAACAGCGCCGCUCCAAGCCGCACGAGCAUCUACAGGAAAACAGAGGCGGCGUACGGAGAAGCUGACGUGAAACUGCAGCCUUUCACCGUGCAGCCCUUCCGCGAAGAAAUUACCCGCAUCAUCACCAUCUACAUCGCCGACGAUGCACCACGCCAGCUCAACCUUUCCGGCCGCGAGCGUGCUGCCCUGCUCAACGCACUGAAAGUCACCACCCAUCCGACGGUGUUCCGUGAGGUGCUCGCCACCGUUGAGUGGUCGCUCCGCUGCCAGGCGCACCCGAACUUCAUUCUCUGGAGCAUCUACAAUGGAAACCCCCCGCGCAUCACCUUCGCGCGGGGUCUGGGGGUAGGUGGGAUUGUUGGGGGCAUCAUUUGUGGCAUGGUGCUCGCUCUGAGCAGUGCAGGGAAGGCGUGGAGGGUGUUUUCGUUCGUGGGAUUCUUCAUUGGAAUCGCAACUUCGAUCGCUGCGUGGAAGGGCAUGUGCGUGGUUCUUCAUGGCAUGCAUCACCGUCAUCUCCGACCUUGGGAGCUGUUCGGCGACGCGGAACUCUACGAACCAAUGGUAGCUGCAGGCGUCGUGGAGGUCAAGGCCGCAUCGGAGAAAAGGCUGGGCAUCUCGUCCGUGUCUCUGACGUCCAGUUACUCGAACUCGUACGAGGAUGAGCCGUGGGUCGCCAAGUACGAGAAGCGCACCGUCGUCCGCAAGGUCUUCGAUCGCGAGGUAUGGAUCAAGGAGCCGGCGUUGCGGCAGAUUCAGGAUACCAUCUUCCUCCAAGCCAUCGUUGGGGGGUUGAUCAUCGGUGGAGCGGCGACGGGCAUCUUCUGUGCUGUGCCCACGGGCGAGUACUUCUAGGUUCUAUGGGAAAUGGGUGCAACGGGCGGAUCGAAGAAUCAGAAGGCGCAUCAUGGCGUUAUUUGGAUUUUAUGGAUGGGGAUCGAUUGUUGCUAGGGAACUCGGAACCGAUAGGAUUCCGCAGCCGCAGUGAGGAGGCUAGAAUGAUCCCGCCGCUGGGGAUCAAUCAGAUCGACAACAUCCUUUGUGAAUUGUGAGGCCAUCUUUCACCUCCGGUGAAACAGAGGCCGUCUCAUGCAAUUUCCUUCGCUGAACUUGUAAAAAAUGCAACAUAUUGGC